AUGUUUCCCCCUCUUCGCCUGACGCCGCCCCAUCCCACGCUGACGUCACAGCGCGUGCUCGACACGCAAAUGAGAUGCGUUCAAGUUUAUCAGUUGCAAAUUGACUUCCUCAAGCAAGCUUGCACGGGCUCCUCUACAAACCCAAACUGCCUCAGCAUGCUUCGUUCCACCGUUCUUCUUGUUGUGGUGGCUGCGAUGACAUUGGACCGACUGACUACUGGCACUCCAGUCCCAGAUGUGACUCCGGGCAUCCUGCCUCUGACGGCUGAAGUUCAGGCUAAGCUUCCAUUCCCGCAGGAGGGUCUACCCAAACAGCUUCCACCUCUCUCACGACAGCGCAGAACU